UGUUGUGGUUGUGAGGUUGUGUGGGUGGUGGUUUAAGUUGCGGACGGUAGAGGACGGGUCGUUGUGUGAUGGUGGGUAUGACGACAAGCUGCACCGUGUAGCCGAUAGAAGUUGAGAUGGGUGACUGUCUACUGAAAUCAGAAUGCUCGGGUCAGAAUGGAAAACGUCUGGGGUGCAGACGGGUGGCAUGGCCUCCUAUUUACCCUAAUUGCAAGACCAUGUUGAUCCUGACCCCCAUCCCCGGUCAGCAUCGACCUAGCCCGGGAGCACGCCGUCCGCAUCGACGGCCGUCUGUCAGAUCCAUAUUGCACCGGGAAUCCGCCCGUCUCGUCGCUGCACGAUGCGCUCGGCAUCGCAUGGCGGUCUUGUUUCCCGCGGCGUCAACCCUGGUCCCCGGGAUACCGAGACGCGGUUGUAUAGUGUCUCAUUGGUGGUUUUCUCUUCCUUGUUGUAAAUCGAAACAUGAAUUCUGCAUCUUCAUCCAGGCCGUUUGCGAAUCCGCUGAUUCAGGAACCAAACCCGAAGGAACGUGCAGAUCUCUUCCUCAGUGCUCUCGCCAUUCCAUCUUCCGUGGUCGGACAAUGGGGAAAUUCCCAAAGCCGAUCAUGUGGAGGAGGAGGGUCUGGAAAUUUCGGGACUAACCGUUGCGGUACUUCUGCCGUUUCUGGUUUGCUGCCGUGCUGCCAUGGCCGCCGAGUCUGAUCCCAUACGUAAAGCACUGCCUUUCCGGAUAAAACAAGGCACUCGUCCCCGAGAAAGCUCUCCCAAAGUGUGGAUCGAAUGGCUUGGGACGUUUGCCGAGAGUGUGGGGUGCGUUUCAUCUAUCUGAUGUUGAAGACCGCUC